AUGGCGCCGAACAAGGGAUGGAUGAAUCUGGAGGGGAUCACGAAUACGGUGCCCGAGACGCAGUUCUUUGAAGGAGACUCGGCGUUCAAGUUCUUGGGCUUGUCCCGGACGGCGAGGUUGUACGGAUUCGUGGGGUGUCUUAUCGCAGGUUUCGUAUUGAGCAUACUCGGGAGCGCUCUGCUAUUCUUGGGUCAAUUCACAAUAUUCGCGAUUCUUUAUGUGUUCGGAACGAUUGUAGCCUUGAUUGGUACAGGCUUCCUCAUCGGGUUCUUCAAACAAUUGAAGAUGAUGUUCAAGCCUGUCCGCGUAGUUGCCACAAUAGUCUUCUUCAUCUCGAUUGGUCUUGUUCUUGUUGGUGCAUUUGUUCUUGAAAGCGGGAUUCUAUGUUUAAUCUUCGUCUUCAUCGAGUUCCUUGCGUACACAUGGUAUACACUAUCAUAUAUCCCUUACGCUCGGGCGGCCAUCCUGAAGACUAUAGGUAUGGGUUAG